AUGUGUAACACUCUCUUGUGUACGCUAUUCGCGUCACAAACGCCGCAGCAACAGCAGCAGACUCCACUGUUUCAGCAGCUGGCCACGGGUUUCGGAUUCCAAACUCCAUUUGCCACCCCGCAAGCGACCCCGUACCCCAAUGCGCAAUUGACCACUCAGAUGGCACCUGUGGCGCCCCUUCCUUACUCUCUCGCCGAUCGUGACAUUCAACUUGUUCAGGAUUUGAAGGAUCUCUCACAGCGCCUGAAGGUAGUUGUUCAAAACUGUAGUUCAUCGAUAUCAAUUUUGAAAUCCUGGAGUUGUGUCAGGGGAAGUAAUGUUGCCCGUCUAAGUUGGUAUGGCUGCUGGUUGAAGUUUAUAGUCGAGGAUGAAAAUUUCUUGAGAACAUGGUGGUGUGGUUACUGUACUGAUAUCAUUUAUAUGGCGUCACUAAAAAAUAGUCAAGCUAUCCAAGAUGAAGUCAUUCUCUCAAAUGCUGAGAGGUUGAGAACGACACAAAGGAAUGUGAAAAUGCUCCAAAGGCAUUUUCUGGCAGAGACUCUUCCUUGGAUUGAGAGAUUGAGACAAAAGGAGCAAAGUCUUCAGAGUUUACUUUCUUCGUUCCCUUUUGCUUGUCAACCCGUGAUCUCCUACUUUGAGGUUACGAGAAUAGUUGAGGCACUGGAGAAUAAAGGUUGCAGGUUGCCCUUAAUGAAAGGGCAAGUAGAGGUUGCUGAGAAGUUAGCUACAAUAACCAGACAGCUGAAAGGAUCUGGAGCAGAACUUUCAAGGAGAGUUCAGAGCAUGCUCACUGUAUCUCGCGUACAAGCAACUGCUAUUGGUUGUUCUUCUGUUUAUCUUCCUGGGUCUACCAAAAUUCAUGAACAGUCUCUUGCUGAUAUGCAAGAGGUUUUACAACAACAAAAUGAGGCAAUUGCUAGGCUUGGCACUGUGUUGAAGCGUGCUAUUAGGGAUAUGGAAAUUAUAAUGGCUGAGGACACAGAAAUGACACAUGAUUUGAGCUAGGGAGGUAAGAUGGUAUGUAGAACUUGUCAUUUGAUUUAUAUAGUAAUGAAUUUAAUUACUGACUA